CGUUGUCAUAGUAACGUUGUCGAGAAGUCUUGAAAUGGCCAGUCUUCUUGGCAAAACUUUAUUUGAAAUCAAUGGGCAAGGGCCUGCUCCUAUGAAAGACUACUUUAUUCUUCAAAUAACAAAAUCUGAGGUAAUUUGGAGAUGGUGGAAGAUUUCUUUGAGAUGCGAAAGCACUAAACCAGGACAACUGAGGGAAUCACACACAGAUUAUCUGGAGGACAGCUUUUUACAGAGUCAGGUGAGAGUGGUAUUUGGACCUCGGAUCUUACAACAUACUAUCGGACUAUGUGAGGGACGUUUUGAUUACCUGGUACGUCUUCCUACACGACUCCUGCUUCGGAUCAUGGCCUAUCUCGAUUUAGAGGACAUUGCACGGCUGGGACAAACUUGCCGCAAUUUCAGAAAGCUGUGCGACUCAGACGAAUUUUGGAAGGAUACUUUGAGGACUCACUGCAACGCCGUGCCCGAUGAGGUUGAAGCAUUGGCCAACGACCUAGGAUGGAAAACUGUUUUCUUCACCAGUAAACUUCAGCUACAGAAGCAAAUCAGCCGGAGGAGACAGAGGACUGAGGAACAAAAUGGCCAAGAAGACAUUAAUGAGUCCCCUAUUCCAGGUUUUAGCCACAAAACCGAAAACUACAGAGGGGACUGGGCUGUUGUGGAGUGAGAGACUAUACACUUUUUUAUUUUUUUAACCAAUGUCUUAGUUAUUCUGCAGGGUUGCAGAAGUAAGUGAAGGUGAAGUUCACAUUAUGACACUACGUAUGUCACUUAUGUUACUCUCACUCCAUGACGUUGGUUAACUGACUGGAGCUUGCCAUAUUUUCCACCUGUGAUUAGUAGCCUAUAAUAUGACACAAGCUGAUCUUUCAAUGUAAAUUCUGACUUUCUCCCAAGCACAAAUAGAAAAAAAAUCACCUGGAUUAAAACGUAAAUGUACUCUUCUAACUUUUUUGUGUAGUCAGCUUUAAUGAGGAGGCUCUUCUGUGUGACACCUACCACGUUAAAGAUACAUGAAGAUGGCCAAGUGGUGUAGCCUAUGUCCUCUUCUGUAUUGAGUGAUGAAACCAGUGUGUUUAUAGUAGUACCUGUACAUUGUUUAAGUACCGGUACUAUGUUGAACCGGAUUACAAAGCACUCUCGAUUAAAAGGUGCCAAACAUAAAAACCGUGAUGAAUGAAAGAGUGAGCCCUGAGGAAACCUCACUAGACAGAAAGCUUGGCAAAUAAAAAGAACACAAGAAGGA